ACCCAGUUGUCGCAAGUUCCAACCAGGGAAAUAUAUGGAAAAAACACACGCAGGCACUCCCCGCCUCACAGGGGCAGUUUAAGAUCGUGAUAGAGGGCGUUGUUGGCACAGGCAGUAGAGGAGACAUCGCCAUAGAUGACCUGGUGUUUUCAGAAGGCUGCCAUCUCACAGGGGAGUUCUCUGUACUUUUGGACUCCGAUGCAAGUCUGUCAGCGGGGAUUCUUCAAGUGUUCCACGGGGGUGUCACAAAGAGAGUUUGCGCAUCGCAGAAUAUGGGAAACAUCGCCACCGUCGCUUGCAGGGAAUUGGGGUACAAGUCCGGGACAGCACAGAGGUCUACAGUCACAGCUCCCUUGCUGCCAUUACUGCCCUUCACCUUCGAAUGUACCGCAGUCUCGAGGAGACUUCGAGACUGUACGAGACAAUCCGCCACACCGUCCUGUCAAACUGCCGGGGAACAAGAGGUGAUAAAUGUACAGUGCGAGGGUUAUCAGAGACAGUGUCAAUCGCACGACGAGUUCACGUGUGACAACGAGAACUGCAUACCUCAGAGCGGUGUGUGUGACUUCAGGGACACGUGUGGAGAUGUCUCGGAUGAAAAGAACUGCACACAUUUUCCUGCCAGAUGUGAUUUUAACGAAAGCUCUGCUUGCAUGGCGCAGUGGAUUGUGGGAACGGGUUGGACCUCGGCAAGGGGAGACUCGUCAGGGUCAGGGGGACCAACUUCUGACCAUAACGGAAGAAAUGAUACAAAUUAUCUUCUCAUGGCUAUCACGUCAACUGGACAGAAAACAGUCACCUUCCCACAUACUAUAAUACCAGACCAGCAUUGCAAGUUUCGUUUCUACUAUUGGGCCAGCAGACAUUCGUCUGUGAUGAGCGUAUCAACGCCAUACGGCAGACUGAUGUACCCAUUGUGGUCAAGUUAUGGGCGGUACACAGUGGACAUGGCCGGGACGUGGCAGUAUUACGAGGUCCCCAUCAGUGUUGGGAACUCCCCACUUCCAAGUGCAAAGAUCUCUCUGACGGCCAAUCCAGACGGCCAUACUGUCGUCGCCAUUGAUGACGUCACUCUGACCCCAAGCUGUCGAGUGGUUACUUCGGUAACCACCGCCACUUCUUCAAUACACACGACGAAAAACACCGCACGUGUGACGUUAUCGUCCACCCUUCCAAGUAGAUCUACAGUGCGGUCAAGCACGACCACGAGACCGCUCGUUACAAAAACUUCUAGCCGUAUCACGCACAGUUUCACCACCGAAGAAGGUCCCUUAACAUCGACCUCGACUACAGAAGGUCGGGCAAAAUCAACGGCAAAACUGGGGACCGUUGGUUUGACCACCAAGAUGAAGCAACCGACGACAACAACGCCAAAGGGUACAACCGAUAUUCCUAAUCUCAAAACGGAAACAAUGGAAAUCUCUAGUAGUAAUAUAAACAUAGUUACCGAAAAAACUACGCCUAAAGCUGUACACGGGCAAAUCACGACUUCAUCUGGAAACAUAAAAAGUACAAAUAGCGGUCAAAAUAGUGUAGAUGGAGGCCUCAUGGCUGGUAUAGUGGUCGCCGUGCUGUUGCUGGGGAUCAUCGUUGGGGGCCUGGUGAUAUUUUUUGUUUUCCGGGCGAGGAACCAGAAACCAGCCCAGAGUGGCAGUGAGCCGGCGGUGGCCUAUUAUCCAGAGCCCCAUUACCAGUCGCCAAGUGACUACGCCGAUGUAGAAAACACUUACGCAACUCUCGAUUCUAUCCACGGGGAACCCGAUGAUGAUGACGGUUACUGCUCGCCCUCUUCGCACUAUAUGACGCUGAACAACGCAACAUCUCGGACGCCAGAUGGCGGGAGUGACGAUUACGACGAUGACGCUCCUUAUGCCAAACUGAAAGAGAAGACUUCAGGAAACGCUAGAGUCAGAGAGGGUACCAACCUAAAAACGGAAAACCCGAGUUAUGGAAUGGCACCGCUCCCACCUGCCCCUCCCCCGCCACCACCGCAAGCUACCCCAUAUAACAGACAGUCCAGCUUUAGAAACCCUCUUUACGGCAGCCAACUGACAGCAGCAACUAUGACAGCAAUCGAUAUGUGAAAAUAAUUAUAUAAAAAAAGGAUGAAUUAGGAAAGUGUUUUCAAACAAUAGAUGUAUCAACAACCGUU